GGAGGAGGGAGUUUUUGUGAGAAGUGGAAGUUUUUAUAUGCUGCAGAUCAGAGAAGGGCAAAGUUCUCACACUGCCGAUCAGACAUCAAAACACUUUCGGGGUAAAGCAGAAUGAGAAUUCGGUCACGUAUAAUCUUCAUCACAGGAUUUCUGAUUGGAUUUAUUUCCCUGCGACAUUUUAUGGACUCAGACUUGACCAAGAACCAGACACAGCAUGCCUGGCAAGGAGACCAAGUUGGAUUCAAAGGUGUCAACUUGUCUUCAGCAACAAAUUCUUCACAACCAACACGUAUCUUGUGUUGGAUCAUGACAGGUCCCAAGAACAUGGAGUCCCGGACCAAGCACAUUAAGGAAACAUGGGCAAAGCGCUGCUACAUAGUGUUGUACAUGAGUUCUGUUAAGAGUGACUUCCCAACUGUGAAGCUUAAUGUCAGUGAGGGGAGAGAACACUUGUAUUGGAAGACCAUCCGUGCCUUUGAGUACAUCUACCAUCAGCACCUGGAUGAUGCAGACUGGUUCCUAAAAGCAGAUGAUGACACAUAUGUGAUUGUAGAGAAUCUAAUCUACAUGUUAUCUCAGAUGGAUCCUGAGAAGCCCUUGUAUCUGGGAAGAAGGUUUCGACCUUUCAUUAGUCAAGGCUAUAUGAGUGGUGGAGCAGGCUAUGUCCUUAGUAAGGAAGCACUAAGGAGAUUUAUCAAAGGUUUCACCACAGGAGCAUGCAACCACUUUUCUUCCACAGAGGACAUGGCUCUGGGGAAAUGUAUGGAGACAAUGAAGGUGGAGCCAGUAGAUACCAGAGAUGUGAAAGCAAGACAGACAUUUCAUCCUUUCCCUCCAGAACUUCACUUGGUCAGACAGUUCCAAAGGAAACCUUGGUAUCUGGAAUAUGAGCAUUACCCUCCAAUUCAAGGUCCAAGUUGCUGUUCAGAUUUUGCUGUGUCCUUUCACUACAUUUAUGCUGUUCAACUUUACACUUUGGAGUACCUGGCAUACCAUGUGCGGCCAUAUGGAUACAAAUACAGAUUUAACUCAUAUGAGUUUAAAUAUUGUAAUAGCACAACACAAUUGUGAAACAUUGGAUUUUCUGUUUAUGCUUUGGCAGAAAACACCAUUACGUUUCUUAAAGUUUUGCUAAUAAAAGUUCUGCUAAUUUAUUAAACUCUUUUGACUUACAAUCUCUCACAGGUACUAUUCCAAAGUUAAAGAUUGUGUUUCUUGUCUUGAACAUUUUUAGAAAGAUCUUUACUUCUGUCAAUUAAACACAAUACAGA